CCUAACACUAAAGUGCUUUUCUGUCCCCUUCCUACACACUGUCCUUGUUUCCCUUCUUUUUUAUAAUUUGUCGAACAUGGGUAUCGAUAUUAAUCAUAAAUACGACCGUAAGGUUAGACGUACAGAACCUAAAAGUCAGGAUGUAUAUCUACGACUUCUUGUAAAGUUGUAUCGCUACUUAGCUCGUCGUACGGACGCUAAAUUCAAUAAAAUAAUACUGAAGAGAUUGUUUAUGAGCAAAAUAUACAGACCCCCGAUUUCAUUAGCAAGGGUUGUACGUUUGAUGAGUAAACCUGGACGCGAAGGAUUAACAGCCGUUAUUGUAGGUACUGUGACUGACGAUUCCAGAAUUUUUGAGGUCCCAAAAUUGUCGGUUUGUGCGUUACGUGUCACUGAAACCGCCCGUGCUAGAAUCCUUAAAGCAGGUGGUGAAGUAAUCACUUUCGAUCAGUUGGCUCUGAGAGCCCCAACUGGCUCUAAAACGGUGUUGAUGCAAGGUAGACGCAAUGCCCGUGAGGCAGCAAAGCACUUCGGACUAGCGCCUGGUGUGCCACACAGUCACACUAAACCGCUUGUACGUUCCAAAGGACGUAAAUUUGAGAGAGCUCGUGGACGUAGGCGCUCAUGCGGAUACAAAAAGUAGACUUAAGUUAAUACUUAUUGUACACCAAUUGCUGUAUUCCCUUUUGUUAAUAAAUAAAUACCUAAGGAUACAGUACAUGUGA